CGACGGAAGGGACGGCGGCCGGGCAGGGACUUUCUUGGCCGCUUCUCAAAGGGCGCCUCCGCGCAGACGAGCCGGCCCCCGAGGCGGAGGAGGAAGGGUGACCCCGAGGUCGUCUAGCCGAGCGCCCAGAGGCUGCAGUUCGAUUCCCAGUGUCGGGCAUCUGUAUCAGGAUGGCUUCGGGCGGGGAAGUGGCACCGUCCAGCCCCUCGGAGCCCUUGGUGCUCCCGGACUUCCCCAAAGGACCCCUGUGCGCCUACCGGAAGAAGGCGUCCUUCGACUGGAAGGAGAUGGCCCUCUUCGUUGAGGAGGAGGACCUGAUCCGUUUUAAGCACACGAUAUACUCAGCUCUUGAGAACGACCCUCUCUUUGCUCGUGUUCCCGGAGAAGAGUUGUCGCUUGAGAAGUACCGGGAGCUGACCUUCCGGCGCUGUCGGAAGCUGUUUGAAUACGAUUUUCUACUCUUGGAGGAGAUUCUUGAAAAACCCUUGAAAGUGGUCAUUAUGAUCAGCUGCCUGGGGAUGUACGAUUGGUCCCUGGGAACCAAAUAUUUGCUCAAUUCCCAGGUGUUCAAGGAUAGCAUUGAGAGUUCCGGAUGUGAAAGACAUGAAAAAUUUGUUAAACAAGUUGAAAGCAUGGAGAUAUUUGGAUGCUUUGCACUGACUGAAGUCAGCCACGGCAGCAACACCAAGAACAUCCGGACGGUUGCUAGAUACGACCCAGACACCCAGGAGUUUAUCCUUCAUUCCCCUGACUUCGAGGCUGCCAAGUUUUGGAUUGGCAACAUGGGGAAGAACGCCACGCACGCGGUGGUCUAUGCCCAGCUCUACACACCGGAUGGCCAGUGCCAGGGGCUGCAUUCCUUCGUGGUGCAGAUUCGAGAUCCAAAAACGCUGCUUCCGAUGCCAGGCGUGAUGGUUGGUGACAUAGGCAGGAAACUUGGACAGAAUGGCUUAGAUAAUGGGUUUGCCAUGUUCCACCAAGUGAGGAUCCCCAAAGACAAUCUGUUGACCCGGACAGGCGAUGUCAGUGCUGAGGGGAAAUACACGAGCGCCUUCAAGGAUCACAAGCGGCGUUUGGGGGCUUCACUGGGCACCUUGUCCAGCGGGAGAGUUAUGAUCAUCGCCAUGUCUGUGGUCAAUCUGAAGCUGGCCGUGUCGAUAGCCAUUCGCUUCUCCGCCACCCGGCGCCAGUUCGGGCCAAGCGACGCUGAGGAGAUUCCUGUCCUGGAAUACCAAAUGCAGCAGUGGCGUUUGCUGCCGUACCUGGCGGCCACCUACGUCUUGGACUACUUCUCCAGAGCGCUCUUCCUGAAGUUCAUGGAGUUCCACAUUGGGCUGCUGAUGAGGGACAAGAGUGCCCAGCAGGCUGAGCUGGGCCGUGAGAUCCAUGCCUUGUCCACCUCGGGCAAGCCCCUCUCCUCCUGGCUCACCCAGGAAGCCAUCCAAGAAUGCCGGGAAGCCUGCGGGGGACACGGCUACCUGGCCAUGAAUCGUCUGGGCGAUAUCCGUAAUGACAAUGACCCAAACUGCACUUACGAAGGAGACAACAAUGUUUUGUUGCAGCAAACAAGCAACUACCUGCUGCGGUGGAUGAGCGAGAGAUCCCAAGGCCAUCCUGUUUCGUCGCCCAUGGGAUCGGUCGAUUUUUUAAAUGAUUAUGAUGAUAUUCUCCGUCAGAAAUUCGUGCUUCCAGAUGCCCAAGACCUCAUGGACUCUUCAGUGGCUUUGAACGCCUACAAGUGGCUGGUUUGUUACUUGCUCCGAGAAAGCAUCCAGAAACUGAGGAAGCAGGAAGAAAGCGGCUGUGCUGAUUUUGAGGCAAAGAACAACAGCCAGGUGUAUUACUGUCGUUCUUUAGCUAUAGCUUUUAUUGAGCACACCGUUUUACAAAAGUACCACAAACACGUGCACAGUCCUGGCACACCAGUAAAUCUUCAGCCAGUACUAAAGCGCAUUUGUUCACUCUAUGGACUCUGGUCUUUAAAUAAGCACACGGCAAUACUCUACCAAGGUGGCUACCUUUCAGGUGAAAAUGCUGGUAAAUUGAUACAGGAUUCAAUUCUGGAACUUUGUUCAAAGUUGAAGAAUGAAGCAGUGACUCUGGUGGAUGUCAUUGCCCCCCCUGACUUUGUCCUCAGUUCCCCAAUUGCCAAGGCCGAUGGAGAGCUAUAUAAAAAUCUGUGGAGUGGGGUUCUUCAGACCCCAAAGACCCUGGAAAGACCUUCCUGGUGGUCAGAAUUUUGUAACAACAAACCUGUCGUGGGCAAGUUGAGGUCCAGAAUGUAAACAGGAAAGCCCACCGAGCUGCUAGUGAACCUUCAUCGCAGGAGGGAAAGGAUCAUGUGAAAGGAAAUGAAAGAAGACACCGAGCUUAGGAGAAACAGCCAAGCACCGCAGGGCCUCCCCAUGGAAGCUUCCCUGAACUGGCUUCUUGUCUGCUUUCAAAAUGAUGGAAUGUUCCUUCUCUGCCAGUUCAGCAUUCCUGACAUUUAAAGUCCAGUUGCUUCUCGAACAAUAAUCUGUUAAAAUAGCUUUCUGUCCGCAAGUUACUGACCACGUUGAAAGCCAGCAGCUUUUUUUGUAGAUGUCCCUUUAAAUAUUUGCAUUUGGUCCAUGAGAUUAAUAUCGUCUUAUUCUUCAGGAAAGGUUUUAAGAUUGAAUUAAGUUAUUAUUUUGCAUCUGACAUCAGUGUUUUCCGUCUCAUCACAGAAGGCAAAAUAUCCAGCAGCCCAAUCCUGUAGCAAACAGGAAUGGCAUAUUUCAGUUCCUCUGAGAUGUCAUUCUGGAAGGAAGGCUUUUUUUUUCUUUUUCUUUUAAUUCUCCACGUUUUUUUUCUUUCUUAAGGUUUUCGGACAGGGAUGGCUAACCUUUUCUGGACCGAGUGCCCAAAGCGCACAUGUGCGAAUGCGCGUGCAUGCCCGAGCCCUCAAAAUGCAGUGCGCAUGCCCUCCGUACAUGCACACAUGCCCCCCAUGCAUGCACGGCAGGGACCCAACAACCAGCUGGCCAGAGGGAGGCACGCGCACAUGCACGGCGGAGCGACGGCUCACGUGUCCAUAGAGAGGGCACGCUUGCCAGAGGUUCGCCAUCACAGUUUUAGAAUAACCAACGCUGGAGAGAAAGCUCUGAAUGUCUCUCUUGACCUUCCAUCUGCUAGGUGCCUGGAAGGCUCUGUUAGGGAAGAGCAGCUUGUCUCCAAAGAGAAAGGAAGGGGACCAUGAAACCCUGGCAAUGGACUUGGCAUAUCCCCACCCUCCCUCCCUCCCUUUGCCAGUGAGAUGAGGAAAUCUUUCGCCUCCUUUUUUUAGCCAGUCUGCUUCUGAGACCUGGUUCUUCCUAGCUGGGAUACAGAUCAGGAAGUGUCCUCAAUCCAGACUUUACCUUGAAUCAGGAAAAGGGGCCAUUUCUGUUCUUAAGCAUUAUCGAAUCUCAGGGUUGGAAUCCAAUCCUGAAGAAGUAAGUGGCUGAGGAAAUUUCAGCUGGGAUCUAGUAUGAGCUGGUUGCUGCAUCCUUUUGAUUCAGGCUCCCACUAUCUAUAAGGUAAAUCUUGCAAUCUGGAUCUGGUUGACUCAGUUUUCCAUAGCCGUGUAUGUCUGUACAGUAAUAAAAAUAUAUUAACGAUG